GGUUGCGUAGCAGCGGUGGGCGGGGCAAGGGAUCUGUCCGACACGGCGAGGAGUGGUUGGAUCCUUCUUACCCCUCCUUCCCCCUUCCCCUUCCCUUCCCGGGAAAGGCUGGGGCUCGGCCUCGGGGCUGUUCGGUGGCCGCUGCGGCCUCAGCUCCAACCCGAUCGGGGUACGGGAGAGUCCAGAUAGCGUCCGGGGCGGGUCUCGCUGUGCAGUGCAGGCUGGCCUUGAAUUCAGUCUAUAGCCAACCUGACCUUGAAAUCAUGGUGCUUCUCCUGCCUCGGCUCCAGAGUGCUGGGACUACAGGCUUGAGCCCACCAUGCCUGGCCUCCAGCUGUGUCUGAAUCUCCUGGCCCAUGAGUGCGAUCCCUUCGCCAGCAGUCUGCCUCUUUGAGAAAGGUCCUGCGUGCUAGCCCUGAAAGCUCGCGCACCUGAUUGUGACAGCACAGCCCUGCCUUGGCGAUGGAACUUGUCACUAGGGAGGACGACGAAGUCGGAGCGUAGCCGGCAAGAUGGGUUUCUGCAGUGAGCGCCUGAGUGGGACCGAGUGGAGGAUUCUGGGGCUCGGAGCCUUGUGAACAGGGAACCGCCCCCCAGCGCUUGGAAGGACCUGGGUUUCAGUGAUGAGACAUGGGGUAUGAUGUAACCCGUUUCCAGGGGGAUGUUGACGAAGACCUUAUCUGCCCUAUUUGCAGUGGAGUCUUGGAGGAGCCAGUACAGGCCCCGCACUGCGAGCACGCCUUCUGCAAUGCCUGUAUCACUCAGUGGUUCUCGCAGCAGCAGACGUGUCCCGUGGACCGCAGCGUCGUGACAGUCGCCCACCUCCGCCCAGUGCCCCGGAUCAUGCGGAACAUGCUGUCAAAGCUGCAGAUUGCCUGUGACAACGCUGUGUUCGGCUGCAGUGCCGUUGUCCGGCUGGAUAACCUCAUGUCUCACCUUAGCGACUGUGAGCACAACCCGAAGCGGCCUGUGACCUGUGAGCAGGGCUGCGGCCUGGAGAUGCCCAAAGACGAGCUGCCGAACCACAACUGCAUUAAGCACUUGCGUUCUGUGGUGCAGCAGCAGCAGACGCGCAUCGCAGAGCUGGAGAAGACGUCAGCCGAGCACAAGCACCAGCUGGCGGAGCAGAAGCGAGACAUCCAGCUGCUGAAGGCGUACAUGCGUGCAAUCCGCAGCGUCAACCCCAACCUUCAGAACCUGGAGGAGACGAUCGAAUACAACGAGAUCCUAGAAUGGAAGGGGAAGCCUGUCCGAGGAUGCAGUGUGUCUGGAAUUAGGUGGGUGAACUCGCUGCAGCCGGCCAGAGUGACCCGCUGGGGCGGGAUGAUCUCCACCCCCGACGCCGUGCUCCAGGCCGUGAUCAAGCGCUCCCUAGUGGAAAGCGGCUGUCCUGCCUCUAUUGUCAACGAGCUGAUUGAAAACGCCCACGAGCGCAGCUGGCCGCAGGGCCUGGCCACACUAGAGACGAGACAGAUGAACCGGCGCUUCUACGAGAACUACGUGGCCAAGCGCAUCCCUGGCAAGCAGGCUGUGGUGGUGAUGGCCUGUGAGAACCAGCACAUGGGAGACGACAUGGUGCAGGAGCCGGGCCUUGUCAUGAUAUUUGCGCAUGGCGUGGAGGAGAUCUAGGCGAGCUGGACUGGCGAUCAGGAAGAGACGGAAAUCCGAAAGCCCUGUCACUCCAGCAGCUGGGCCCCGAGUCCUCCCCGUUUUCCUCAAGGCCGAGCCACAAACCCCCGUUUUUCUGGCCCUGAAGGGCACUGGGACGCUUCGCUCAGCCUUCUGGAGGCGGGGGGCCCAGAUUCCUGCCUUCGGCCAUAUUUUUUCUUCUAAAAUGUCCGUAAAUUCUGUCUAGGUAGGAACGUCCCCACUUUCGUAUUUUCCUGCCGAGGGUCCGUGGUUCCAGAUAUUUGCAGAAAGCACAAAGAGAUUUGUUUUGCCUGGAGGCUCAAGGUGGCGCGAGGGAUCGCUCAUCGCCCCGUCCUCCUCAGCCAGGGACUUGAAGCGGGCAGACCUGUUGACUCUCAGUGGCAUUUAGAGGGCACUUCUGGGGAGGAGGCAUCCCAGAGAGAUGGUGAGGGUGGAACCAAAACCCUGGGGGUAAACAGGCCAGUAAUUGAGCGUCACUGAUCAGCCUGUCGGGGCGGCCGGGUCUGCCCAGCGCUUCCCGCGCAGCCGCCAGAGGUGCAGCACCGCAGGGCCUGCAGCGCACAGGCUGGGGUGCUGAAGGUCCCGGACGGGCUCUUCCUUCCUACGCGGCCCUCCCUGGGGAGCGGCAGGGCUGAUGGCUUCAUAUGCUCAGCACGAAGCUGCUUCCUGGCUUUUGCCGAAAUAGGGCAGGCACCACCUUUUGUGGCACACCCGUGAUAGUUUCCUGGGCCCCUCUCCGGCCCUGGGAUGGUAGUUCUUUUGAUAAUUUCCUUUGGCUGUUGUUUGUCUGUAUUUCACAAACCCAGUCUGUUUUCCACAUUUUUUUUUUAAAGAAUGGCCUUGUUAGGGCUUAUACCACAUUCUAGCCCAGCUACAUUGUUGGCAUUUAAUUUAUUUACUUUUUUUUUAAGAAAUGAAAAAAGAAAAAAAAAUCAACAAAAUGUAAA